AUGACAGCUAUCUUCGAAGCAACCUGCACCGCUCCCGUCAACAUCGCCGUGGUCAAGUACUGGGGCAAGCGCGACACCUCGCUCAUCCUUCCCACAAACUCCUCCCUCUCCGUCACCCUCUCCCAGGACCAGCUCCACUCCAAGACCUCCAUCCGUGCCUCCGCCGACUUCACCACCGACCGCCUCUGGUUGAACGGUAUCGAGGAAUCUAUCGAGAAGAACAAGCGUCUCGUCGCCUGUCUCCGUGAGACCCGUGCCCUCCGCGCCACCCUCGAGGCCGAGAACACCACCCUCCCCAAGCUUGCGGGACUCAAGAUCCAUAUCUGCUCCGAGAACAACUUCCCUACCGCUGCUGGAUUGGCCUCUUCGGCUUCUGGAUACGCCUGCUUGGUCUACACGCUCUCCAAGUUGUUCGAGCUGCCUUUGGACGCCUCGGAUCUUUCGGUCGUCGCUCGUCAGGGCUCCGGAUCCGCCUGCAGGAGUCUCUUUGGAGGAUUUGUCGCCUGGGAGAUGGGCGAGAAGGCCGAUGGUUCCGACAGCAGAGCCGUCCAGAUCGCGCCCGAGACCCACUGGCCCGACCUCCAGGCUAUGAUCUGUGUCGUCUCGGACGAGAAGAAGGGCACUUCCUCUACUGAGGGCAUGCAAUUGACCGUCAAGACCUCUGCUCUCCUCCAACACCGUAUCAAGGACGUCGUCCCCAAGCGCAUGGACGACAUGAUCGCCGCCAUCCACGCCAAGGACUUCCCCAAGUUUGCAGAGUUGACCAUGCAGGAUUCCAACCAGUUCCACGCCGUUUGCCUCGACACCUACCCUCCUAUCUUCUACAUGAACGACAUCUCCCGCGCCAUCAUCCGCAUUAUCACAGAGUACAACAAGGAUGGCGUCAAGGCCGCUUAUACCUUUGACGCCGGCCCAAAUGCUGUCAUCUACGCACCCAAGGAGAACAUGGCCGAGAUCUACUCUAUCCUCUCCCACUACUUCCCCGGUGCUGCCUUUGACGACUCCCUCAGCCUUGUCAAGGAGAACUCUGAGAAGGUUGCCGCUGGUUUGCCCCAGAACUUUGACGCACGGAUCUCGCCUGUCUUCGCUCAGGGCUCCGUCAAGCAGAUCUUGCACACCAAGGCCGAUGACGGCCCUCGUACCCUCGACUCUGCCCAGCAUGGUCUCUUGAACGCCGCCGGUCUCCCCAAGCGUCUCGCUUAA